AUGAAGAUCAUCACUAAAGAAAUCGAAGAUGCCCACCACAAGGCCGUUCUACAGGGAGUAACAAUCGGUGGAAUUGCAGGUCUCAUCGGCGGUUGGGCCGGUGUAUUGGUAGCGUCGAAACGAUGGGCCGGAGUCCGCAACCUCACACUCCCUAUGAAGGCCUUCCUAGUGACAUCAACAGGCACAUUUACCGGAAUUGUUGCAGCCGACCAUGGAUCUCGGUCGUUUGAGAAGAGCCAGAGACAGGACAUAGAGUUCCUAGAAGACCGCGAGUCCCGGUUACGCAAGGAAGAAUUGGCACAGAUGAGCGUGAGGGACCGAAUCUUCGAAUUCGCUCGCCAGGAGAAGUACAAGAUUGUCGGCCUCACUUGGCUUGCCAGCAUGUUUGGGUCGUUUGCCCUUGUCAGCCGGAGCCCCUACUUGACUGGACCACAGAAGAUCGUACAGGCUCGAGUCUACGCUCAGGGACUUACGCUGGCCGUUCUCUGCGCUACUGCAGCAUUUGAAAUUUCGGAUCAAAGGAAAGGUCGAGGAAUCGCCGAUGCUGUAAGGGCCAAAGCGAAGAAGGACAAAAACACCAACGAUGACCUGUGGAAGGAUAUGGUCGACGCUGAAGAACACCGAAUUCACGACAAGGAGGAGGCAAAGGUCAAAAACCAUUAA